AUGCACGUUUCAACCCUGAUCUCCCUCUUCGCCAACGCGGCCGCCAUCUCCGCCGCCGCCGUCCAGGUGGGCCAGACAACGGGCGGGCAGGACUACCUGGCCAGAAUCAAAGGCUGGAAGAACAUGUCCAACUGCAGCGGCAGCGACUUGGACCUGGACUUCUACAUCACGGAAGCGUCCGUGAACGAAUGUGUUCCCCUUCCCUUCGCUACCACCACGGCCGAGCUUGGUGCUCUAAAGGAUGGUUCUUACCAGGUUUCCUUCUACACCGACGGCGACUGCACCGACCUCGUCCGUGGCACCACAGUCAACGUGUCUGGUAAUUGCUUAAACAGCAACAUCUGUGCCUGGAACAGCGUCAAGGUCACCACCUACGAUGCGUGA